GCCCAGCACCCAGGCGAGUAUACGCCACACUGUGCGACACACUGUGCGACACACUGUGCGACACACUGUGCGACACUGGGGCUUUUUCUGAAUUUGCGGGGUGUCGUUCAAUCCCGUACGAGAGAGACAGUCCCAUGGAAUUGAGCAAGGACUACCUGACUCGCGACGGUGACGUUCUAGAGCCCUCAACAGGCGCAUACUUAUACCUGCUCACCUCGUGUCUAUGGAGGGUGCGUCUCGCUGGUCAGUUCUAUUCUUAUGAUUCAAGCUUCACUGGCCGUACGCGUUCCGCAUCGGGUGGUCGACUGGCUCAAUCGCUUUGAGUGCCAUGCAUGCGGUGACUGACACUCGCGACUGCUCGACCGCUCGAGGUUCUGCCACCCGUGCAUGGGAGGUAUGCAGCACGCGCCGAUUCAUAUGACCCAAUUUUGUCUAUUAAUUCCAUUCUCUCC